UUAUGUAAGAAGAGUGGUCUGAAAGUUUGAGGACAGCUUGCAGCAGGCUUCAGAUACUAUUAUGUAUCUGACCUACAUACUAUUAUGUAGGUCAUAGGGAGUUUUUUUUUUUUUCUUUCACAUUACUGGGUCCAAUCCAGGGCCUCACACGUGCAAACACGCUACCUCUGAGCUACAUCCCCAACCCACUAUUGUCUUUUGAAUGGGAGUAAAUUGAUCAGGACUGAGUGAUAUCUGGCCAUGUGUAUAAUAAAAUAGACUAGAAAAGCAUGCAUUCAGUAGUUGUACUUUGGUGUGCUGGGCCAUGCAGAUGCAGAAAUAAGAGAUGCAAACAAUUUCCACUCAGUGUAAUGCAUAAUAUACCAGUGUUAGGAAACUUGGAUUGUAGUAACAAACAAGAACAUGAACUGAGGUUGUAGCAAAGAAGAAUAUGAAAAAAUGAAAUAAUAGAAUUUCCCUGUGGAUCUUGAGGUUGAUGUUAGAAAUGUAUGAGACAGCUCUUUCUGAAUCUUCUGAACCUCUAUUCUACUUUAGGAAUUAUUGAAGCACUUCACAGAUAUUAUCAGAAUACUGCUACAGAUGUGAGGCGUGUGUGGCUUUCUACAGUGGUGGAUCACUUUCAUUCAUCUUUAGGCGACAAAGGUUGGGGUUGUGGUUACAGAAAUUUCCAAAUGCUACUUUCAUCAUUACUACAGAAUGAUUCUUAUGAUUGCUUGAAAGGUAUGUCAGUUCCCUGUAUUCCAAAAAUUCAGUCUAUGAUUGAAGAUGCAUGGAAGGAAGGUUUUGAUCCUCAGGGAGCCUCUCAACUCAAUAAUAGGUUACAGGGAACAAAGGCCUGGAUUGGAGCCUGUGAAAUAUAUACACUCCUGACUUCCCUGAGGGUAAAAUGCCGUAUUAUUGAUUUUCACAAGUCAACUGGUCCUUUGGGUACACACCCUCGCUUGUUUGAAUGGAUAUUGAACUAUUACUCUUCAGAGAGGGAAGGAAAUGCAAAGGUUGUGUGUACAUCAAAACCUCCUAUCUAUCUCCAGCAUCAAGGUCAUAGUCGAACAAUUGUUGGAAUUGAAGAGAAAAAAAACCGAACAUUAUGUUUACUUAUAUUUGAUCCUGGAUGUCAUUCUCAAGAAAUGCAGAAACUAUUAAAGCAAGACAUAGAGGCUAGCAGUCUCAAACAACUUCGAAAAUCUGUGGGAAAUUUAAAACAUAAGCAAUACCAGAUAGUGGCAGUAGAGGGUGUCCUAUCUCCAGAGGAGAAAGUUGCUAGGAGACAAGCUUCUCAAAUUUUUACCGCAGAGAAGAUUCCUUGAAGAAUCAAGUAUGAUGAUUGUGGAAUUAUGCUUUGUUUUCCAAAUUCAGAUAUUGAACUCCUUAAUACAACUUCGUCUAAAUUCUCUAAGUAUUCAACACAUUUACUUUCUAUAAUAACUGUACCUUUAGUACUUCAUU